AUUCUACUAACAGUGAACGAGUACAAAGUUAUCAAACUGCUUCUGAAACCGUUGAUACUGAAAAAUCAGAAUUAGAUGUGUUAAAUAUUAGAAAGGAUAUUUAUUUAACAAAUUAUGAAGUCAAAAAUGUGUGUGAGCAAGAAAGGUUCAUAAUCUAUCAAAAUAUAAAAUAUACCAUGAAUGAAUUUUUCGAAAUCCUACCUAAAGAUAUCGAAUUCUUAUGUAAAGAUACUCAUCAUUUAAUAGAAGAUAUUGAAUCAAUAUACAAAAAAAUAUAUGAUGAUAUUCUUAAUUUACAAAAAAAAAUAGAACAUUUAGAAAGUUUUUAUUUAAAACAGAAGUUUGGAGAGAACUGUAUUGUUAAUGGUGGUGUCCGCUGUAUUGAUAGGGUCCGUGUAGAUGCUUCUCAUCAAGAUCUUUAUGAAUCUAUUCUUGUAAUAAAUGAUGACAACAAAGAGUCAAUAAAAGAAACAGCUGACAAUACGAUUGACGCUGACCCUUCAAAGAUUGUUGAAAUUAUUGAGAUUGAAGCUGGCCCUUUGAUAAUUGUCGAGACAAAAUCAGCAUUCGAAGUAUUGCUAAUCCCAGAAAUUUUAGCUGAAAUUGCUUUUAAUUUAUCUCCAAGUGAUAUUUCAAGUUUUUUAGAA